CACACACUCCUUACUCAGACCCAGUCACACGCGUUUCUCUGGCACUUAGAUGAGGCUGGGGGUGGGGGUCUUGGGGCCUGCGCCCGAGCUUAUGCACCCCAAGCUCCUGCAGCGCAGCUUGAGGAGGUCGGACACCCUACUAUCUUAACUCGUGCCUCAGCGCCGAGCCCCCUCGCCUAGGCGCACACACGCUCCAGCGCGCGCACACACCUCGGACAUUCCCAUAGUGCCUCACGUGACACACGGCCCGAACGUGCCCACCCGUUCCACACGCUCACGCACGCGUGCUCACACGCGCGCACACACACAGCUUCCCAACUCCGUGCCGACCCCCACCCUCCGCCCCGCAAAGGCAUUCAUUGACUGUGACACACCUACACUCAUUCACAGACACACACUCCCCCCACAUGCCAGCCACAGACACACAUUCAUAAACAGGGCUGGGAGAAGUACACACGCACCCCCUCGCUGCCUACUCUUCGGGAGCCCUGAGUCAUUCCUGCCCCCUCCCUGGGCUCCCCAUUUCCCUGUGUGCAAGCAUACUGGGACAGGCUAGGGUCAUUCUUAGCGUCCCUCUUCCUCUGAGACCCCUUGCCCAGUUUGCUCCCUCUGACACUCAGCCAAGGACUUCCUGUAGGUCCCAGGUCAGGGGCCCAGAUAGCUUGGACGGUUGCCCCAGCCCCGGUGCAACCGGAGAGGCACUUCCUUUUCCUGAACUCUGGGAUCCUGCGGGAGGAAGCGGGGAAGUUGGGCGGGGACCUGCGAGGCCCGGCUGACUGGUGGGACUGGCCCUCCAGAAGCACUGGGCUUCCUUAGGGAGGGGCCUGGUGGUGCCAUGGACCUGGAAUGAGGACUUUUGUGGCUGGCAAGGUACUUGGGAAAGGGGAAGUCUAGGGUGGAGAUGGGGCUGAGUAGUGAACCGUGUGCCCCUGCUGGAAAGGCAGAUCCUCCCAUUCACAGGUCUCCCUGGAUUCUGGAAGGAGCCCUUCUCUGCUGCUGACCUGCCUUUCUUAUCUCUGCUUAUCAACUGUCUUCCCCCCACCCCACCGUCCUCCAGUCUUCCCCUGGUUCCAGCUCCUUCUCCCAAAGGCAGCAGCAGGAGAAUAGGACUCACUCUUUUGGCAAAGGGCUGUGGAAGUCCCUUGUUCUGCUGAAAGCUUCCAGGCUCCUUCUCAGUGGGCCAUAGGGUGCUUCAGACCAGGGAUCUGGGGACAAGCUCCAAGUGGCUCUCUUCAUGUUGUUUUUGCUCUCCCAGGAGGCCCAGUGUGGGCCGUGGCCCUUAUCAUGGAAUCCAUGUUUGAAGAUGACAUUAGCAUCCUAACCCAGGAGGCCCUGGGGCCCAGUGAGGUGUGGCUGGAUGGUCCUGGAGACCCUUCGCUGGGGGGUGACAUGUGCUCCGCCUCCCACUUUGCCCUCAUCACAGCCUAUGGAGACAUCAAAGAGCGGCUAGGGGGCCUAGAGAGGGAGAAUGCUACUCUGCGUCGACGGCUUAAAGUCUACGAGAUCAAGUACCCGCUGAUCAGUGACUUUGGAGAAGAGCAUGGCUUCUCUCUAUAUGAAAUCAAGGAUGGCUCCCUGCUGGAGGUGGAGAAGGUCAGUCUGCAACAACAGCUCAACCAGUUCCAGCAUGAGUUGCAGAAGAACAAGGAGCAGGAAGAACAGCUUGGGGAGAUGAUCCAGGCUUAUGAGAAACUCUGUGUGGAGAAGAAUGACUUGGAGAUGGAGCUGGGGGAGAUGCGGGCCCUGGUGGAGACCCACCUGCGGCAGAUUUGUGGCUUGGAGCAACAAUUGAAGCAGCAGCAAGGGCUCCGGGACACAGCCUUCCCCAGCCUGAGUCCCCCUCCUGCCCCUGCCCCGCCCUGUGCUGACCUGGACCUGCACUACCUGGCACUGAGAGGGGGAACUGCCUUGGGUCACGGCUGGCCUGGCCCCACGCCAAGUGUGAGUGAGCUGGAGCGGAGACGACUAGAAGAGGCCCUGGAGGCUGCCCAGGGGGAGGCUCGGGGGGCUCAGCUCCGGGAGGAGCAGCUCCAGGCUGAAUGUGAGCGGCUGCAGGGGGAGUUGAAGCAGCUGCAGGAGACCAGGGCCCAGGAUCUGAUCUCCAACCAGUCUGAGCGGGACAUGGCGUGGGUGAAGAGAGUUGGGGAUGAUCAGGUGAACUUGGCGCUGGCCUACACCGAACUGACCGAGGAGCUGGGCCGCCUUCGGGAGUUGAGUUCCUUGCAGGGGAGGAUCUUGAGGACCUUGUUGCAGGAACAGGCCCGCAGUGGAGGUCAGAGGCACUCGCCGCUGUCGCAGCGCCACUCCCCAUCCCCCCAGUGCCCCUCGCCCUCCCCGCCUACCCGAGUUGUGCCUCCGUGCGCCCCUUGCCAGUCCCCGGUCCCGCAGCGCCGCUCUCCUGUGCCCCCGUGCCCCUCGCCCCAGCAGCGCCGCUCGCCGGCCUCGCCCUCCUGCCCGUCGCCCGUCCCGCAGCGCCGCUCGCCGGUGCCGCCCCCGU